AUGGCCACUACUGAUGACCGCUAUUACCCUCGUACACUUUCAAUCUCACCAUCAACCCGAGAAGAGGCAUUCCGGGACCAAGUUCGUGCGCGAGAUGGCCGGUGUGUCAUCACCGGUCAAGUUAAUCGUCAAGCACACGUGGGCAUAUGGACCAGAUAUCAGGCAGCCCACAUCUUCCCCCUUUCAUUGGAUGGGAUUUUCCAAAGCCACGGAUUUGCCAACAUAAUCACACACAAUUAUCCGUCGGGGAUUAACUCCCCGCAAAAUGGACUCUUACUUCGAAGUGACAUUCACGACUUGUGGGAUCAUUAUUCAAUUGCUGUCAACCCAAACGAUGGGUACAGGAUCCAAAGCUUCACACCGGAAGCUUGGGAGUACCAGGGAAAGGUCCUUCACCCCGUCUGCCGUGACCCAAACAAUGCCACUCAUGUCAUCGAUGCACUUCUCCUGUGGCAUUAUGAGCAAGCGGUACUCUGCAACAUGCGGGGGGCUGGGGAGCCAUCGUUUGAAUAUGAUUUUCCACCAGGCACUGAUAUGAUGGCAGAAAUUCGCGAUGGCCCCCAGCCCGCCCAACGCAUGGAGGCAGAGCUAUUCGGUAGAUUAUAUGGGCAUCAUCAAGCCCAGCCACCAUCCACCUAA